AUGGGUCCAAUUCCCCUACUUGAUGAUACCCUAACUCGAAAGUUACCAUCCAUGACUUUUGAGAAGUACAUUAAGAAAACAAAUGAAGGACAUGCCAAUCCAGUCUCGGAAUCUACAUCAAACUCUCAUCAUGACCUUGAAAAUGAGUUUGGAGCAGCUUUUGAACUCAAUCUAAACGGUGGAUCGCCUGCUUUGAGUAAAUUUCAAAAUCCUUUCGAAGAGACGCCAAACGAGAAAGACAAUAAUAAGAACGAUAUUCGCUUGAGUAUGAAAAGUGAUGUGGAAAACAGUGCUAUUUUUAAAACACCAUCGAAAAAGGAGACCAGUACAGGAAAAAGUACUCCAGCAGGUUCAAACCGAUCAAAGUUUCUUAAUUUCCUCCAGGCGACUUCUACUAACGCUGCUGAAGAAUUUCGUGCACUUAAGCAUAAACAACUCCAAGAUGAUGGUUAUGGUUACGACAACUUCGAUAAUUCCAAUGUUGGUCUGGUCAUAGAUAUUAGGAGGAAUGAAGACGAAACUGGGGAGGAGACUUCAAUGGACGAUUCAAGCAUACGAUUAAACUUGAUACCCACGACAUCUCGAUAUAAUCGAAGGGAGGCGGCAGAGGACACUGUUGACCCGACACAAGCCGACGGAAAUGUACACGAAGAAGUAAAUAGACUUAUUCGAGAUCAAAUUUCAAAACGUAGCUUUGAAGAUGAAGAUAAGGAGUAUUUGAUAAAGGAUCUCAAUAAUUCUCAAAAGUAUAAAUACUCGUCAAGUGAUGUGAUGGACAAAGAGAUGAGUAGCGAAAAAACAAGCAACGAGCUUCAAAUACAUACAAGCCCCUCAGGUAGGGAAGAUCAUCAAAAUAUGUUUAAAGACAACGAUGAGGCGAUUUUAAAGGAUACGCUAGAUGUAACUGGAUCAUCCCCCAAAAAUUUUGACGAAGGUAGUUCCAAAACCACGCAAACGUUUUCAAACACAACUCCUGUUUUUGUUGAGGAAACUGCAAUGGGUGGAGAAAAAUUUGUGAUUCAAGAUGAGUGUCAUGACAAAUAUUGUAAUAGUCAAUUCACUGAACGGGCGCCAGAGAGUUUUGAACUUUUAAGCCACUCUAAUAAUGAUAAGCGAAUGAUGCUAAAAGAGACUCAAGUCAUAGACAACUUUUCGCAAUCUAUUGUUAUUGAGGAAGAUGAGGAAGAGGAGGAAGAUGAAGAAGCUGUUAGUUCUGCAGUGGGUGAAUACACAGGUUUAAUGAGAAAGAAAGCUAACGAAGAUGACGAAGAUGGAGAAAGAAUUAAAACAGGACGAAAUAUCUUGAAUACCUUCAAGAUUGAUGAGGAGUCACCAUCACUAUCGCAAUCACAACCGCGGUAUAGAAGGCCGAGUAAUCCGGCAAGUUCUGUGUCACAAGGCCCCGAAGCAGACCACAUUCAAAUUCAAGGAAGCCAAGCUAAUUCUAGUUUUGGCAUACCUGAUACCCAAGUUCUAUCUUUACCAGAAACGUUUAAGAUUGAGACCGACACCAAUUUUAAUCCGGGUGUCGAGGCUGUUUUAAGCCAUAUCUCUUCGCCCGUCGAUAUAGAAUUGAAUAUUGUGCAUCCAAUGAGUGAGAACGGGAGCGAGAACGAGAACGGCAAUGGGAAUGCGAACGGAAAUGGGAACGAAACAACAGACCCAGAAAUACCUAAUACAAGUGCUGUGUCUAUUAGUAAGAUUUGCCUGGAUAUAAAAGAUGAUGCGGCACGGGACAGAAAUCAGGAGCCUUCCAAAGCGACUUCGACUCCAAUUAUUGAAAAUAAAAGGCCUUUGAUUGUUCAGGUCAAAGAUGCAAGCACUGAGCGCCAGGACGAAAACAUGUCUCAAACAGCUACUUCUACAUCAAGGUCUAAUAUUAUGGAACGGCUGAGUAAUGUAUUAAAAGAAGAUAAUCAAGAUGAGAGUGAGCUAGUACAACGACAACUUUUCCGAGCCGAGAGAAAAAGGAAGGAAAACACUUAUGACAUUGUUGAUGUUCUCGAUUGUUGUUGUGUUUUCAUUAUGGAUUCGUCAAGCAGGAUCCCCGGACGGAUAACAAAGAUGGUGCAGUCUGACGAUGUUAUACUUGUGAACGUGAAGGUGAAGGAUGGUGAAGUCAUUGUUGACCAUUCGAAGAUAUACGCACCUAUUUGUUUCAGUGUUGGUGAUCCUGUCAAAUAUUCUAUGGAUAAAAGGCACAAUUACGUAGUGACUGGUCUCAAGAAGACGCAUCGGUCAUAUGAAGACAUGAAUGAGGAGGACACAUAUGGUAGAGUGGAGACCAUAGAUGGGUUUGACAAGAUUCUGAUCAGAAAGAACAGUAAAACCACCAAGGAGGUAUUCGAAGAAAUUGAAGUUGCUCUGGAAGAGCUUUAUCUCACUGCUCCGAUUUCCCGUAAUUACCGGUAUAAGCUUUUCAAUGAUCCGGAUGAUUUUCAGAAGUACAUUGACUAUCAAAUUAGUCGAUUUGCCAUGCUUGACUCUAAAAAGGGGAACUGUUUAAAUGGCACCGGAGCGGAUGAUACGCUUAUAAACCUGCUACCUGUCAGUAGGAAUCGGAGUUUUAUGAAGAGCAGAAAUCAAGGAUUCUUUUCUAACUGUCUGUUUGUGGUUACGGGGAUUCACAGUGUGCGGAAUGGAUCUAGAGGAGAUUCUAAGCUGAACACACCAAGACACCAGAGAGACAAGAGCGACAUCCAACAGCUGGUUGAAUUCAUCCGGCUACAAGGGGGGACGGUACUACAGGAUUCUGGAUUUGAGGAGGUUAUCAAGUUCAAGAUAAGGGAGAAGACCAAAGGCAAAAAAGGUAACGGUGGUGGUAUCGGCGGCUCCGGGAACGCUUUGAACAUAUCGCCCCGCAAGGCCAAGAAGAGCGGCAGCGACGUCAACGGUACUGACGCAAGGAAAGCCGAGAGAGAGUUUCGCAACUUCCAGUGCUUGGAGAACCACGACGGAUGCUAUGUUAUCGAUUUCCGCAGCAGGAACAGCAUGUAUGUGGACGAGGAGGUUGGACGGUUUGAGUUUGCUUGCGUGCUUUCGACGAGACACGUGCGCACGCUCAAGUACCUACAAUGCCUCUGCUUGAAGUGGCCCAUAAUCCACACCGAGUUUGUCAAGAACUGCAUGAAGAGUGAGGGGUUUUUGAGAAACUGGGGGAACGAGUGGACCAAGUACCUGCUUAUCUCCGGAGAGAGCAUGUUUUUGAACAGCUCGAUCGGGUUGGACAUUUUCGAGUUCUACGGCAACUGGAAACAGGGCCAUCGGCUCUGCGACCAGGUGCACUUGAACCGGCUCUUCAGCGGCAGCGACGUUGUUAUUGUUGCGGAGGAGUAUGCCGCAUUCGAACGGCGACUGGCCUGCGAGGCCGGCAGCAGCUGCGGCAGGAAGCGGCGCAAGACUGCAGCAGGAGAUACAGACGCGGCAGCAGACAGACCCGGCAUUUCGGAUAUACGCUCCGAGCCCGGCUCGCUCAGCGACGAGGAGACAGCACCACGGAGGCUGGUGGACGGCCCGGCCAGCGAGGAGACGCUUCUGUGGAUUUUUCGCCAGCUUGGUUUCGACCGUGCCGUCAUUCCGAAGCAGGGCUGGAGCGUCCACCACCUCCUCGAUCUGAACCACGCCAGCAGCAGCACCCCCGGCGGCAGCGGUGCAAGGCGAUUUCGGCAGCAGGGCGUGCGGGGCGAUGAGGCCGCCACAGCGCCCGACACACACAGAAAGUACGUCUACGUGAAGUACGGGAACGACAUUGACCGCUUCCGCAGUGCUCUUGCCGCCGUCGACACCUCCGCCUGCGUCUGCACCGUCAACUGGGAGUGGGUGGUCCAGCGCAUCAUCUGUAACGAUCUCUGGUUUCCGGCCUAG